GCCGCACUUCCGCCUGGGUGUCAGUGGGUCGCCGACUGCGGGCGGGGGCGGGGGCGGGGCGGCUGCGGGGUCGGCGGCGCGGCAGGGUAGGCGUCCAGUUGUUACAGGUGUCUGCUUCCUGGACCAUUGGGAAAGGCAGCAAAGAAAAGGGAAAUACCAGAAGCAUCCUUGGGGAAAAGAGGAAAAUGGAACUGAACUGAAUGCCUGUUGGUUGGUGUUUAGAAGCUUAAAAGUAUGCACAGCUCCAGAGAUUGAGGUGCCAGUGUGGGCCACCUAAGGGCAGAUGAGUGUCUCUCAUCUGGGACUGUCCUCAUCUCUCACGCAUUGUACUCAGCUGGGCAGAGAGUUCCUAGCACAGUGUCCAUUGGAUUUUUGCCAAGAAAAGGUUCAUCUGUAAAGUAAUUCUACAUGAAUGUAGAUCAGAUACAAUGAUCCAGUAGGAGGACCAAAGCCCUCAGUGGUGACAGAGCCUGGUCACUGAAGGAUGAACGGGGAGGAAGAAUUCUUUGAUGCCGUCACAGGCUUUGAUUCGGAUAACUCUGCAGGGGAAUUUCCAGAGGCAAAUAAGGUCAGUGGAAUGAUCGACUUGGAUACCAACAAGAGCACUAGAAGUGGGAGAAAUGGGGAGAGACCCCCAGAGGAGAAUGGAAUCCAGAAGCACAGGACAGCCCUUCCUGCCCCCAUGUUCACCAGAAGUGAUUUCAGCGUGUGGAGUAUCCUGAAAAAGUGCAUUGGCCUGGAGCUGUCCAAGAUCACGAUGCCAAUAGCCUUCAACGAGCCACUGAGCUUCCUGCAGCGGAUCACAGAGUACAUGGAACAUGUGUACCUCAUUCACAAAGCCUCCAGCCAGCCCCAGCCCCUGGAGAGGAUGCAGUCUGUAGCUGCCUUUGCAGUCUCGGCUGUGGCUUCCCAGUGGGAGAGAACUGGCAAACCCUUCAACCCGCUCUUGGGGGAGACAUAUGAGUUGAUCAGGGAAGACUUAGGGUUCAGAUUUGUAUCUGAACAGGUCAGUCACCACCCUCCCAUUAGUGCGUUUUACUCAGAAGGUCUCAACCAGGACUUCAUGUUCCACGGCUCCAUCUAUCCAAAGCUGAAGUUCUGGGGCAAGAGCGUGGAAGCAGAGCCCCGGGGGACCAUUACGCUGGAGCUUCUCAAACAUAACGAAGCCUACACCUGGACCAACCCCACCUGCUGUGUGCACAAUGUCAUCCUUGGGCAGCUGUGGAUUGAGCAAUAUGGGACAGUGGAGAUCCUAAACCACAGAACUGGAGAUAAGUGUGUCCUUCACUUCAAACCAUGUGGACUAUUUGGGAAGGAGCUUCACAGAGUGGAAGGGCACAUUCAAGACAAGAAUAGGAAGAAGCUCUUCAUAAUCUACGGCAAGUGGACGGAAUGCUUGUGGGGCAUAGAUCCUGCUUCAUAUGAGUCCUUUAAGAAGCAUGAGAGGAGAGGUGACCACCCGAGGAAGGUCAAAUUGAAUGAUGGUCCUGAGACACCCAACAGUGACAUGACUGGUGAUGUGGCAGACAAUGUGCCCGUGACUCAGGAGACUGUGCAGGUCAUCCCUGGCAGUAAACUACUCUGGAGGAUCAACAGCCGGCCCCCCAACUCUGCUCAGAUGUACAACUUCACCAGCUUCACUGUGAGUCUCAAUGAGCUGGAGUCCGGCAUGGAGAAGACCCUGCCACCUACUGACUGCCGCCUGCGCCCUGAUAUCCGUGGCAUGGAGAAUGGCAACAUGGAUCUGGCCAGCCAGGAGAAGGAACGACUGGAGGAAAAACAGAGAGAAGCCCGGAAAGAGCGUGCCAAAGAGGAAGCAGAGUGGCGGACCAGGUGGUUCUAUCCAGGCGAUAACCCCUACACGGGGACUCCUGACUGGUUGUAUGCAGGGGAUUACUUUGAGCGUAAUUUCUCAGACUGCCCAGACAUCUACUGAAGGCCUCAGAGCCCAGCCUGGAGGCCUGUGAGGUUGGACUCAUUGAGAGGCACUCUGAGCUAAACCAUGGCAGACACCAGCUUCACAGCCACGGUCACGAGAUGGCCUCAGCCCUGAUGGAGGACUUGAGUUAGCCUCUGAUUGCCCAGCACUUCACUAUGUUGCAGCCCCCCCUUGAAGCUCCACUGAGGCCUCAGAAGAACUCCACAGUCCUUUCACUCAUGACAGAAGUGCACAAGGCCAGCUGAGCCUGCAGCACAGUUGUAAAAUCUAACUACCGGCCCGUGUGCUCCUCACGAGGCUGAGGCUGAGGCUGAGGCGGGGGUGUCUGGAAGAGUUUCAAACAAACCCAGACCCAAGAAAGACAAGAAGGUGGAUCUUGAAAGUAACCUGUAGACCAGAGUCCGCUUCACUGUGGAGAAGUGGAGGUGUGCAGAGCACCCACGUGAAUGAAGUGACAAGUUGCCAGAUUCUGUAUUUUCUACCAAUCUUGAAUAAGGUAAAGAUUACUUUAACAAUAUUUAAAUUGAAACUACUUGAAUGUUCUACUGAGGAGCAGGCAGCACACUCAUCACCACUGUGCACUGUUCAAACAAGGCGUUGCUAUGACAAGCCAGAGUGGCAGAAACACUGUGACUUGGAUGAGAACUCUAGGGCUGCUCCCAGUCUCCCAGGAGGCCCUGCCUCUGGCCACAGCACUCCACAGCUUCCCUGUCACCAUGGACCACACCCAUGUCUUCAUUCACCUCACCUGUGUCCCUACGGUCUUGUGUUUUGUUUCCCCAGCAUGCAUGUUCAGUGUAAGAAGUCACACUGGGUUGCACACAGUAGGAGGUCAAAAGCAGACCUACAUACCUGGUGUCAGUAAAGUCAUUUAUCUCUGCACUCCUGUCAGGUGAUGGACUUUCUAUAGAUAUGUUGACACCAAGGACUACAGUAGACCGCUUUGCCUCAAAGACAUUCUGCUGUGUGCACACAUGUACUUGUGCACACACAUACUUGUGCACACACAUGCAUACCUGUGCAUUCCCAUGCAGUAUGUGUGACUGCAUCAGACACUUCUGAAUGAGGUGUUUUUGCUGUAUGUCCAGGCUUCUGAACUGACUUUGUCAUUAAAACACUUUUGAAAGCCCA